AUGAUGAGCGAUAAUAACAAUCAAAUGAAUAUUACUGCAACCUCUGCUGCAGGGGGCCAACCUGGUUCGACUGUAACAUCGACGACGAUGACUUUGCCAAAGAGUGAUGACCCACAACUUGGAGGCGGACUCGGACUACUACUGGGUCGUGCCGAUGGUGGCAGUCGAAGCAGUAGCAUCAGUAACAUAAUGGAUCGCGAUACACUAUCCUCGUCACGUGGCUCCGUCGACUUGAACGACAAGAUUCACAACCUACACCUGUUGAAAGAGCGCGAACACCGCAUCGUGCUCAACGUCGGCGGUCGCCGCUUCGAGACGUACAAGUCAACGUUUGCCAAUCACCCCACCACGCUGCUGGGCGUCAUGUUCAGCGAGCGCAACAGUCAUCUGCUGUGCCCCGACGCCAACGGCGAGUUCUUCUUUGAUCGCUCGCCGGCCCUGUUCGAGGCUGUCCUGGACUUUUAUCGCUCGUCGACGGGCGAAAUCGAGCCGCCACAGCCAUACACGUGGAAGCAGCUGCAGAAGGAGAUCGACUACUUCCAGCUGCCAGUGGCACCUCGCGACACGGCUGAGCCGGCUCUAGGCGAGAGACUGUUCCGGCUGUCCCUGGCACGCGCACGCCAGGACGUCGGCGCCACGCUGGACAAGAUCAAGCUGCACAUCAUCGACACGCUGUACAAGGCAGCCGAGCAGGGCAAGCAGGCCGAGAUCAUCCAGUUCAAGUCAACAUCGAGUGGCACCGAAGAGUUCUACUCAUUCGUAUCUAAUCUGCGUAACCGUGAACUACUAUUGCACGACCUCAUGAAUGACAACCUGGACGUGUCAUUCAGCGAGGAGUUUGGCAGCUUCUAUCACUCCUACCUCUUCCAGAUCACCUUUUGGACGCGCUACACUCGUAGCAAGAGUGGGGAUAUCCCGCCAGCGGAUCAAAUACUGAACGAGUUCAGACAGAAGAUCAAUCAGCUGUCCGAUAUACUGUAUAAUAAGAAG